AUGAGUGCUGCGAGCGGCAAGAUGAUGAUCUACAAACUGGUGGUGCUGGGAGAUGGAGGAGUGGGAAAGACUGCCUUGACCAUACAAGUGAGUUGAGAUUGCUUCCGCACUCUAGCGAAGAAUCGUGCGGGUGGCGUCGUUAGCCUGUCGAUAUGGCGGCCUCGCGCCCGUCUCCAGCGCGUGCCGGUGGCCAGUCCAGUCAUGUGAUUCGCAAGGCUUGCCUGACCUUGCCACGACCUCAAAAUUGACUUCCACGACUUCCACACUCUCCCCGUCUCGGCUCAGCUAUGCCUCAACCACUUUGUUGAGGUGCGUGACGUGCGCAUGAGCCAUCUUGUGCCCGGCGGACACUGAUUGGGCCAGCGCCACCUCCUGUCUUGUGCAAUCGUUUCACAGACAUACGAUCCAACAAUCGAGGACUCAUAUCGCAAGCAGACAGUCAUUGAUGACCAGCCUUGUAUGCUGGAGGUGCUGGAUACUGCUGGUCAAGGUGCGUGACCUUCAAAGCGUUCAUCAGCAUCGACAAGUGUCUUCUUGCUGAUGCGAUGAUGCACUGCCCAUUCCGGCGCAGAGGAGUACACUGCUUUGAGGGAUCAAUGGAUCAGAGAAGGCGAAGGCUUUCUGUUGGUGUACUCGAUCGCAGCACGGGCAACUUUCGAGCGUGUAGAGCGGUUCAGGAAUCAAAUUUCAAGGGUCAAGGAUCAGGAGCCACACGCAGUGCCGAUCAUGCUGGUUGGCAACAAGUGCGAUAAGGUCACAGAAAGAGAGGUGAGAUCCGCAUGUUUGGAGCGCCGUUAUCGAGACAUGGCUCAGUCGUGUCUGCGAUGCAUCUUAUGGCAGGUGUCGCGCGAUGAGGGGCAAGCCCUUGCAAACAGGCUGGGCUGCAAAUUUGUGGAAUCAAGCGCAAAGACAUCCGUGAAUGUGGAACGGGCGUACUACACAGUCGUUCGCCAGUGAGUAGGGAAGCAAAAGGUGCGCCUACACGAAAAUUGUCUCACGCUCGUUGCCCUUUCUUCUCUAGCAUUCGGGAACAACGCGAGGGCAUCUCUGCGGGCUCCAAGCCCAAGCCUAAGCGUCGGUGCAAUAUUCUAUGA